UCAAGUAAGUAGUAACUAUACAUUUUGAAAUUUAAGUUGGAGAUGAGUUGGGCCCAUUUACCAAUCUGAGAGAAGAGAGAGUAAUGUAGUGGUGAACUGCCUUCCUUUUCCAGGGCGAGUGGCGGCGAUGGUCGAGAUUAAGAAACUCGAGCAGUGAAUCCUUCAAUUUUGCAGGCAAGUAAUUUCCAUUUCGCAGCACCAUUGAUUGUUCAACAUGAUUGCAAUUGCGCGCAAGUAUCUCUCCUCUUUAUGUUUGAACCCUAAUUCAUUUCUCUGCUGCUCAAAUCUUCAUUUCAUUCCCUCAAUCCACUUUUUUUCGACUGCCAGAGCCAAAAGAUUCAUAAUCCCUUCCCCUGAAAUUUACGAUGUGUUGGUCCAUAACCACCAAUUUUCUCCUGAAUUGGCUGCACAUGCUUCAUCGCGCUUACCUAAAUUCAGAAGUCCCGAAAGAGCUGAUUCAAUACUGUCGUUCCUCAAAGAAAAUAGCUUUACGACUACUCAGCUGCAGAAACUCGUCAUAUAUAAUCCUCGGAUUCUAGGAUUUACUAUUGAGGGUUUUAAAUCCAGACUCAAGGUAUUCCAAGACUUGGGGCUUUCUUCGAAGGAGAUUGCCAAGAUAAUUUCAAGUAAUCAGAGGAUUUUGCAUUCAUGUAUGGCCAACAAAGUCAUUCCUUCCUUAUCGAUGCUAAAUGCCUUGCUCGGAUCCAAUGAGGAGGUGGCCAGACUUUUGAAAAAAUGCUCAUGGUUUUUGACACACGAUUUGGAGAAAACCUUAAUGCCAAAUGUGGAAAUCUUGAAGAGCUGCAGUAUACCAAUGGAGCGUAUCAUUUACUUCCUCCACAGUCACCCGAGAAAUUUCUUAGUUAAGUCGGAUAUUAUGAGGAAAUCUGUAGACAGGGCCAUCAGAUUUGGGGUUCCUCAUACUUCGGCUGUUUUUAUCCAGGCUCCCGGAGUUCUCUCUUAUACGAGUGAAGGGAUGUGGGAAGUCAAGUUGAAAACUCUUCGUGAUUUGGGAUUUUCUGAUGAUGACAUAUUCACAAUGUUCAGGAAGCAACCUAGUGUGUUUUCAGCAUCUGUAAAGACAAUGAAGAAUAAAAUAGAGCUUCUGCUUGCUACCGGGAAGUACAAUGUAUCCAAUAUUGUCACUUAUCCUACAGCACUUGGGUGCAGUAUUGAAAAGAGGCUUGAUCCUCGGAUGCAAACUCUGAGACUUUUGGAAAGUAAGAAUCUCAUUCAAAAGUGGCCUUCUCUUUCAACAGUUAUUACAUUUACAGAUGAUAGAUUCUUUGACAAAUUUAUUAGGCCGUAUUAUGAUAAUAUUGGUGAAGAAAACAUCACAAAGAUAUUUGUCAGGAGACAGAAAGAAAUGAAUCUAUAACAAGUGGUAUGUCGGAGUUCUUCAGAAAGUGGCCUAGUCUUUCAAGUGUCAUCUAAUUUCUUGCUAGAGAUAAGCUGCAAUGUUAAUGUCCAGCAAUGCUGUUUUAUACCUGUGGAAAUCAAGGUAUAUAUAUUUGAAAAAUUGAUGAACAUUCAGAUCAAAUUGCUUCUGCCCUGUUUCUUAA